ACGACAACACACUAGAACAAUAUAUUGGACAGAAAAAAAGUGUAAACUAGCUUUAUGCAUCCUACACAAAGAGUAUAGAGGUACUUGUCCUACAUCUACAUCUUUAUGGGGGCGCGUCAUAGUUAAAGCAUAAAGACGUGCACGGGACGCUAAUCUCCAUGGUAACGCGUCAUUUGGACAACAACAACAAAAACAGUGGGGGAUGUUUAAGAGGUCAACUUCACUUCGUCCUGUUCCUCUAACUAACUGCCUCCAUCUUUCCCAUCGAUCCAUCUAGCUAAGUGAGUCAAACACUGUACCUCAAAACUGGGAGCAACAGGGCGCUGAAAACCUCAUUAGGCGCUGAAUACAGAUCAAAGGUGUUACGGGGGGGGGUAGAUACAGAAAUGAAACGACGGAGUCCAGGCAUGCAGGCUUUUUCGACACUGUUGCAGCGUAUGUCUACGAGGAAGGCCUCAAAGCAGCCGUCCUCCUGCAGCGCAGGGAAAAGUGCUUCGUCUGAACCAGAGAGCCAAUUGAAUAAAGAUUCGGAGUCCUGCCUUCAGGCUAUCUCCAGUGGAACCCGGAGCAUGUCUGCAGAGCUGGCAAUGACUUCAAAGAUUCCCCACAGAGAAAAAGAGCCCCUGGCAUCCAGAUUACUCCCCGCAAAGGAUCACAACGAUCACAGGUCUGAGCGUGUGAAACACAAAGGAUCAAAAGGAUCCACCCGUGGGCAAGCGAGCAAGCAAACACAAAGCCGAGACAUCCUGAAGAGCAACAGCAAGAUGAAACACCUUUUCAACAAAACAAACGUUGAGGAUGUCAUACCCCCCGAAGCUGAGACUAUGUUUGCCUUCCUGGCAAGUACUGACACUGUCCCGCAUGUUCCCACACGUGAUACAGGCUCACUGUACAGUGCAUCUAAAGAAGAGGAGGAGGCAGAUAAUGACCCAUCAAGCUCACUGUACAGUGAAUCUGAAGAAGAGGAGGAGGCAGAUAAUGACCCAUCAGGCUCCUGUCAGGGCACAUUUAGAGAGGCCACCUCUCCAUGGCAAGUUUCUCGGUCAAGCUCAGCCUUGCGUUGCUUCUCUCACAGUUCACACUUAAGUACAUCAACAGUUUCACCUGUUGGUCGUCAUGGAUACUGUCUUGGUCCUUUCCUGGAGCGAACAAGGCGACCUCAUGCGGCAUCACUGUUGUCUACCACUGACAAACUCAAUAGGGGUUUUGUAGGCUGUGUGAGUAGCACUCAGCGGACACACCAACAUCUCCAUAAGUUUCAAAGCAGCUGGCCAAGCAUAGCCUCUUCACACAGGACUGUCGGCUUCUGUUCUGCUACGUUUGCUGAGAAGCAAAGCUACCGUACCACUGACUACAAAUCAAAGUCGUCUAAUGAGUCCUGGCGUCUAAGUGCCUCUGGACAGGUAGAUAAUCUGAAUGUGGAUGAUAUGACGACGUGUAGUGAUAUCAAAGAGCGAGUACCCAGUCAAGAAUGUCAAGGAGCCCGGGAAGGAGCUACUGCUGCCCAAAACUCUCAGUCUCUAAAGGAUCGCAGCAAAGAGAUUGUUUGCAGACCCAAACAAAGGUUAUUAGAUGAGUCAUCUGAUGAGGAAGAAGGGGAGCAAUGUCGAAUCUGCCACAGUGGCGAGAGUUCACCAACCAACCCACUGCUAUCACCGUGCCUGUGUUCAGGCAGUAUGCAGUUUGUUCACCUCGACUGCCUGAAGAAAUGGAUUAGGGCAAGAAUCGAGUCAGGGUCAGGGCCCUAUACUGUCAAAAGAUGUGAACUUUGUAUGGGGAGGCUGACUCUGGACCCGGAUACACUUCACUUGGACGUUUACUACAGAGAACAACAGCAACAGAUGUUGGGCAACCCUGACCUGUAUGAUCUCGAUGAUGUGUUUGGAAUGCUAAGGCGGCCAAGACUUGUGCACGUUCCGAUAUGGUCAAUGCUUUCCAACCUAAGGAGAAGACUCCUCAGAGGGAGGAGGAACCCCUCAGCACAAGAGACAUCGGACACAUGAUCCUCCACCCAACUCCUCUUUUUUUUCCACAUCUUUGCUGAUGUGGAACUAAACACACACGUUUUACAAUAAACCACCAUGCAUCUAA